AUGGCAGAUAUUUCUCCCAACACAAAGAAAGUCAAUGACUUCUUAUCGUCAUUAUCAAAGAUGUCUCAGGAUAGGUUGUCAGAAGAUCAUCAGAUUGGGAGAGAUUUGGAUCGAGACAUCGAAUCUUUAAGGGGCAAUGGGAAACGCUAUCAUUAUUUACUGGAUGGUACACCUAUUGAAUAUUCACUUUCUGAAGAUCAGACCUCACGUAAGUCGCCAUUGACUUUGGGAGAUGAAUCACCACCAAAAAUGCCUAGAAGACCGAUAGAACAACCACCUCCAAGCUUACCUCGUAGAAAAUAUUUGGAUGAUGAAGAUGGUCCCCCUUUACCACAAAGAAAAGUUUCUGGAUCUAAACCAAUUAAACCUGCAAAACCAAGUUUUACCAAGGCAAACGAGAAGGACUUUGAAGUUAAUCUCGUGCAACCAGUGGCACGAACAUCGGCUCCCAUUGUAAAGAAGAAGGAGAUCGAUAUUGCAGAGAAAUAUGGUUUAAAGAAAUUCACUCCCACCACACUGGCUGCUCUCACGGGUCAUAGAUCGUUUGCCGAUAUAGAAUCAUCUAUAAGGAAUGGAAACUCAGGGAAAACAGAAGAACCUCCUUCAAAACCACCAAAACCGGCCAAAUCGUGGCUCAAUUCAAGUAUUCAAGCUUCUAAACCUUAUCAUGAAACUGAUGCCCCCAAACCAAAUUCAGACAUUGCAAAAUUAGUUAAGUCACCCAAAAAAGACACCGCCUUCGAUAUUAACGACAUUCACAGAGACAAGAACUCGAAUUCCUGGAUAGACAGUGUGGUGAGUAAGUCACCUCAAAGAGGUAUAGAAGCAAAGGCACAUCAAACUAAACCACAACCCAUAGAAUUUACCAAGAAGACUGAAAAUGGAAAUUCAGAGAUAAAGAUCAAGCCAGAGGUCAAAAAUAAACCAGAGAUCAAAACUAAACCGGAGAUCAAAGGAAAGCCUGAGAUAAAGACUAAGCCAGAGAUUAAAAAUUCAGAAAUCAAAGCCAAACUGGAGACCCAAAAACCACAAAUCAAAGCCAAACCAGCAAUCACUCCCAAAACACAAUUCAACAUUCAGAAACCUACCUAUAAAGAACAAGACAAUGAGCUCCUCUUAGCUCAACUACUGAAACUCAAAUCUCGUAAAUCCCCACCCCCACCUGUCAAGGACUUCAAGAAAUUAGAUGUCGAGCCAUUGAAGACUACUCUAGGAAGGUUAUCACCCACAAAGGUAAUGGAAGAUAAGAGCAAUUUGAGUAAUUACAAACAAGCUGACAAUGAUUUAUUGAAUCGUCAAUUGAACAAAAUCAAGGAGAAACCUGUAGUGAAGCUGAAACCUAUGAUAGAUCAGAAACUGAUCGACAAACCUGCGAUAGAUCAGAAACCCGUGAUAGACAAACCAAAGGGAGGCAAACCCAAAGAAGAUAAACAACUCAGAGAAACGCAUACAAAGAUACCCACAAUCAGAAAUAAACCACCUGCAAUCAAAAAAUCUACUCCAGAGAUCAAACCCAAACCAACAAAUGAUUCACAAAGUUCUCUUACUUCCCUUGAUUUCAAGUCUCAAUUGUCAUCAAUUCUUCGUUCAAACACUGAACCUACCACAUCCAGUCCCUCAAUGCAAAUCCAACGUAGUAAUACUGAACCUGAAAAGUCCCAAUCCAAAUUGACGCAUCCCAACAAAUCACGUUCCAAAGGGCCAAAAAGACGAUUACCAAAGAGUUUCAAAAAUGAAAAACAACCACAACCAUCUAAUAUCAAACCCAAACCUCCGAUAAAACCCAAACCCAAGUCAGUAGGAGAUUUAAAAUCCAAUAUUGAUUUCGAUGUAUUUAUAUAG